AUGACCGGGAUUAUACGAGAAAAGACAUUUAGUAUGGGUGAGACGCUCAACGGGUCAAGGAAGUUGGACAUGAAUGAAGAGAAACUCUUGGUUGAAGAAUUGACGAACGAACUUCGAGAAAAGAAUGCUUCGGAGAGAGAAAUCACCAUUGCUUUAAAGAAUUUGGGCUUGCAAAGGGCAAGGCUGCAUGGUUGGCCAAACACAUAUACUUUAACGAAGGCAAUGGGGGAAAUGACGGUGCAGCAUCAUCUCAAACAAAAUAUACCGCUUGCUAUUAUUAGACCCACAAUCAUAACAAGUACUUACCGAGAACCUUUUGCUGGUUGGAUUGAGGGUUUCCCUCCCAGAACGAUCGACAGCAUUGUCAUCAAUUAUGGUAGAGGAAGACUGAAAUUCUUCCUGGGCAAUCCUGGUACAAUAAUCGACACGAUACCAGUAGAUAUGGUGGUCAAUGCUAUGAUCAUGGCCAUAGUGGUGCAUGCUAAUAAGCCUAAUUCAAACAAGAUUUACCAAGUGGGUUCCUCAAGGAAGCAUCCUUUGACCUAUUUAGAUAUUACAGACAACGCAUGGAGUUACUUCAAGGAUAGCCCUUGGAUCGAUGAGAAUGGGGAGCCGGUCCAAGUUCAUAAGCUUGGAAUUAUGGAAAGCAUGGCCAGCUUCCGCAAGCACUUGAGACGUUACAUUCUCUUAACGAAGGUCAGUCCCAAGUGGCUUAAAAAGUGA